AAAUGAAUGAAUAAUUUUCUAUUUCCCGCCCCUUGGAUACACUUCUUUGAACCUGUCAAACAACCAGAUCAAUAAGUCGAGUGCAAGCGCAUAAAGAUACACACGAUGGCGGAUUUGGAUAACCUGGAAUAUUACAUAAAAUUCCCAAAUCCAAAUUUUAAUUACAACCAAAAUGGAGAACACGAUUUCGUGUUUGUCGUUAACGAAGAGAAGAUUCCCGUUAUUCUUUUGUUCGGAUGGGCAGGAUGUCAGGACAAAUAUUUGGCUAAAUAUUCCCAAAUAUACGAGGAGAAGGGGCUUAUUACAUUGAGGUACACAGCUCCAAUAAAAUGCAUGUUUUUAAAAAGAUACCAAAUGGUUUCCAUAGGAGAAAAAUUAGUUAAACUUUUGUAUGACUUAAAUUUUGACAGUCAUCCAAUUAUAGUCCAUGUCUUUUCCAAUGGUGGAGCUUUUCUGUAUCAGAAUUUUUCACUAGCAUUGGAUAAAAACCCGAAAGAACUUCCGAUUAAGGGAGUUAUUUUCGAUUCGGCACCUGGCCGACGAAGAGUUUUGAGCUUAUUUAGAGCAAUUUCUGCUAUAUUAGGAGGAAAUGUAUUUUACAAUUUUUCUGUAUCGUGGUUAAUGACCAUGUUUUUAUCAAUGAUUUGGUUAUACGAGGUUAUUAGUAAUUUAGUUUAUCCAAGACCAAGUUACCAGUCUAAUCCAUUGGAGAAUUUGAAAAAUGAAAAAUGUCAAUGGCCACAGUGCUUUAUUUAUUCAAAGAAUGAUGAUUUAAUCCCUUUUGAGGAUAUUGAGUACUUCGCAGGCUACAGGAAAAAAUUGGGAAUCGACGUCACUACAGUGUGCUAUGAGAAGAGUCUACAUGUAAAACAUCUGGCGGAAAACAGGGAUAGCUAUGUGAAAACCGUAUACAACUUUAUUAACAAAUGCCUAAACGGAAAUAAUUAGUAUUAGUUUUUUGACUUUAGGUAUCUAUAAACGCAUAAAAAAUUUAUAUUCAAGGUUCUAGUCUCGGGAACCACUAAAGAGGAGUUUGACAUGAAAAAUUACUAAUUCUAAUUACACCAAUAAAGCGAUAGUUUAGACAUAUUCAAUUUGUAUAUCGUUCAUUGUCUUAGCAGGCUUUAACAAUGUAUUAAUUAUUAUAAUUUUCGUAGAAGUGCCAUAAUAGCCGAUUGUUUCAUUUUUAUUCUGUUAAACCUUUUGUUCCGUUUUUCAGUAAAUAAUUCCACAUCUUUGGGUUCUUAGCUGUGUUCUAAAAUUUGUUGGUUGUCUUGAGACCUUUGCCGAAUUGAUCUAUCUGUCAUCAUAUUUUCGUUUUAGAUGGUCAUACAAUAGCGUGUCAUUUGCCUGUCACCAGAUCCCCAACUAUUCUCCUUAUUUUAUAGUAAUAUUUUUGGACCUGGACCUACAAUGAUGGUUUUGAAACUAAGCAAGG